CUCGUUUAGUUGCAAGUUCGCGGGAGCUUCAGUUGGUUCAGCUGACUGGCAGAGCGCACGUAACGGAAACCGGGCGAGAGUUUUUAUUGUUUUUUCGAACGUUGAAUAGUACUAUGUUGAAUAUUGAAUGCCAGACGUGCGUGAGCGCCAUCUAGCGGCGAGACGACCUAACGAAACGAAAGUGCUUGUGUGUGUGUGUUUGCCCGUGUGUGCAUAUCACACCGACUGUGUGCGAGUGUGUGUGUGCGUGUGAACUAAUUGUGAAUUGUAAAUAGCGCAACAUCAAAAUGCCGACGGCUUUGCAGCCUCUAACCCUGGGCUAGGCGCACGUCUGACGCAGUGAACUGCCAUCGAACACUGGCUACACUUAUGUCCACGCUGGCCAGCAGCCGCCAUCCGACGCUGAAUYUGACACUGAAACGCAGCAACGAGAAUCAGCAUCAGCAUCAGGAUCAAGAAGCUGUGCCUGCUGCAAUGCAUCCCGAUUGCCUGCCCCUGCCACUGCCCCUAGGUGCAGCUGGUGGCCACGGCAGCAGUCCGCAGCUGCAGAAACCGGACGAUGGGGACGAGGACGAAGGCUCAGCCUGCGAUGAGCAUAUGGUGAAUAUUUUGGAUGACCAGGAGGAGCCCAAUGACGAUGACGAUGAGGAGCUGGAUGAUGCGGCCAGUUGCUGCAGCGAGAACAGCGUCCUCAGCGUGGGCCAGGAGCAAUCCCAGGUGGCAGCGGCCCAGGCCAGGCAGCGCCUGCUUAUGAGCCAGCUCUAUCGCCCGUCGGCCUUCAGCAGCGUGGCCAACAAUGUGAAUCCUCAUGCGCCAGCCGCCGAGGAUGCUGCCCAUCCCAUGCCUGCGCCGGCCAGCUUCCAGGAGGAGUUUCUGCGCAAGUCGCAGCUCUAUGCGGAGGAGCUAAUGAAGCAGCAGAUGCAGCUGAUGGCCGCGGCUAGGGUGAACGCGCUCACAGCUGCUGUGAUGCCGCUGGGCGGCCUGCGUGGACCCAAGGUCACACAGCAGCUGCAAAUGGCCAUGGCGGCCAUGAGGCCCACGGCCGGACAGGAUGCACUGGCUCAAUUGACGGCCACGGCGUUGGGCAUAGCGCCCGCAACGCAUCCGCAUCAGCUGCUCAUGCAACAGCAGCUGCAGCAGCAGCAGCAACAGCAGACGCAGCAGCAGCAGCAGCAUCCA